GGGCCCGGCGGCCCCGGCCGGACAGCAGCGCGCGGACCAGAGCUGCCCCGGAGGGACGGAGGCGCCGGCCGGCCGGACAGCAUCGCCCGCGGACAUGGAGGCUCUGAAGGCCUUCGACGACGACCUCAACGCCUUCCUGGAGUACAUGUUCGGGCCUCGAGAUGCCCGGGUGCGAGGCUGGUUCCUGCUGGACUCCUACCUGCCCACCUUCAGCCUCACCGUGCUCUACCUGCUGGCCAUCUGGCUGGGCAGCCGCUACAUGAGGACGCGGCCGGCGUACUCCCUCCGGGGGACCCUCACCGUCUACAACCUCGGGGUCACGCUGCUCUCGGCGUACAUGCUGGUGGAGCUCAUUCUCUCGACGUGGGCCGCGGGCUACAACCUACAGUGUCAGAACCUGAACAGCGCGGGCGAGGGCGACAUCCGGGUGGCCCGGGUGCUGUGGUGGUACUACUUCUCCAAGUCGGUGGAGUUCCUGGACACCAUCUUCUUCGUCCUGCGGAAGAAGAGCAGCCAGGUCACGUUCCUGCACGUGUACCACCACGCCUCCAUGUUCAACAUCUGGUGGUGUGUGCUCAACUGGAUCCCCUGCGGCCAGAGCUUCUUCGGGCCCACCCUCAACAGCUUCAUCCACGUGCUCAUGUACUCCUACUAUGGCCUGUCCGUGUUCCCGUCCAUGCACCAGUACCUGUGGUGGAAGCGGUACCUCACGCAGGCGCAGCUGGUGCAGUUCCUCCUGACCAUCACCCACACGCUGAGCGCCGUGGUCAGGCCCUGUGGCUUCCCUUUUGGGUGCCUCAUCUUCCAGUCCUCCUACAUGCUCACCCUCGUCAUCCUCUUCCUGAACUUCUACGUUCAGACAUACCGAAAAAAGCCGAUGAAGACAGACAGGGCCGAGCCGCCGGCGGGAAAGGAAGCGAAUGGGUUUUCCCCGGCGUUUCCCAGCUCUGCCAACGGGGUCCGUGCCAGGAAGGUCCAGUAAAGGGCUCAGGAGGGGCCUCCCGGAACCGCCUCGCAGACCCUCGAGCUCUACAGCACAGACUGCACGCAAGCCUGUCCGUGCCAGCGGGAACUAAUUCCUCUGUUUAUAAAUCAUUUGUGCCUGGAAACGUA